AUGGCAGUCGACACGAAUUUCUCUUCAUUUUUCGAGAAAUUAAAACUAGUAGAAGAAGAUCCACUCAUACUCCCUCCCAAAACCUGGGAAUCAAUCCCUUCCCAAAAUGCCCCUACUUCUUCCUCCUAUUUCCCUCCCCAACCACCAACUCCACUCCUCCAUCACCAAUCCUCUCCUUCCCUCUCUGAGGAAAGCCUGGUGAGAUUAGCACUGAACGCACUGCAGGGUUUAGAAUCGGCUCUUAUCAGUAUCGAAAAGCUCUCUGCUGUCUUCAAUUCCCACCCGGCUGAUCGAACUUACCAUACAAUUCCCAAUCUAUGGAACCGGUCUACCAGCACACUCGCGUUGGGGAAGUUUCUAACCUCCAUUGGGCGGUCUGGUUUCUUAAUUUUUCUUCUCCGUAAAUUUGUAGAUUAUUUUAAGAAUUUUAAUUUCGAGGCACAUUUGGACGCGGCCUCUGCGUAUAGUUUAGUUAAUCAGGCGUUUGGUGUUGCGGUAGGGAAGGUUUUAGAAGGGUAUAUGAGUGCGCUUGGUACGUUAAACGCUUCGAUAGGUUUGAGGCGCUCAUCGAAGAGUGGUGCUGUUGAUCAUGAGAAUGGUAGAGUGUCGUGCUUUACGAGUGUGGUGCAUUCUGAAGUUACAUUGUUGGAGGUGUAUUUGCAUACGGAGGAAUUGAGGACUCGGGUUGAAGCGCUCGGGAAUGUAUGUAAUGUACAAAGCAUAGCUCUUUGCUUCUCGGAGUCUUCGUUGGAAGAGUUGACUGCGAAAGCAAUGUUGGAGUUUGCUGAUUUUUAUAGAGGAGGGGAUCUUCUUACUUAUUUGUAUACGCAACUACAGGUUGCUGAUCCUGCUCACAGUGCUCUGCUCAAGUUCCUUUUUCUUCGCUCAUGUGAACCAUAUUGUGGAUUCAUAAGAUCGUGGAUAUAUGGGGCUGAGAUUAGUGAUCCUUACAAGGAGUUUAUGGUAGAAUAUGCUGAUAAUCUACCUCCUCAUCCCCACUGCAAAGGUGGCAUCCCUAUCGACUUUCAAUUAGCAAGUAUUCGGGUAGAUUCUCAUAAUGUGGUUGGGAACUGUUUACUUAAUGAGCAGGAUGGGGUUGCUGUUCCUUGUUUUCUGAAGGACAUUUUUAUUCCAAUUGUCAGAGCUGGUCAGCAGCUUCAAGUGCUAAAGAAAUUGCUUGAAUUAUGUAAUUAUGUCGGCCCUGAAGAGUAUACUUGUGAGGAUUUGCUUCCCAGUUGGAGAGGAUAUAUAAGCAAUCAUUUGUUUUCUGCAUCUCCAAUGACUUUCAGUAAAGGAUAUCUAGAAGCCAUGGUAAUUGCAAGGAACAAUUAUUACGACAACAUGCUAGAAAAGAUCAAAAAUCUGUCAUCGAAGUUGGAGUUUAGGCAUCAGCAGGUAGUUCCACAUGGUGCUAUAUCUAUUGCCUUUGACAAUGAUGAAGGGAGUUCAAAGAAUGCAGUUUCACAUAUGUUUGUUGACAGGGCUGUUGAUAACAUCAGUUUUGAUGACGCUUGUACAGAUGACGAGUUCAAUGUGUUGGGUACAUCUGAAGAUUCAUCUUUAAGUGGGUCUGAAGAGCAAACUGAGGCUGAGCAGCUAAUUGAGCAGGUUAAUAGUUUGGUUCGAGAUGAACAAAGAUACUUAUCUUCCUUGAGGUUUUCCAUGAAUAGCCCAAUUGAUACUGCAUUGAAAAAGUCUACUCAAAGUGAAAUGCCACUUGACAUUGAAAGUGAUUUACGUAAAAAUAGUGAAGAAAAUGAUUUUGUUGGUCGUUUCGUUCAUUUUUAUGACAAGAAAAGAACUUCGAGUCAUUUGUUUCUACCCCCUGAUUCAGAGGAGUCAAAUUCAUCAUGCAUGUUUGAUAAUAUAGAUACUGUAACUGGUCAGUGCUGGCAGCCUGGCCUUCCAAAAAAUUCUCUUUACAAUGACGAAUGGCGCAGCUUUUAUAAGUGGUCAGAUCAUUGUGACUCUGCCCAAGAAAAACCCGAUGUUGAGAAAAAUACCUGCUUUCACCUGGUAACCACGCCCAGAGAGAAAUGCAGCACAGCAUAUGGACAAUCAUUACCUUGCUUUGACUUUUCAACUGUUGAAGACCCUUGUAAGAUAUCUGUGGAAAAGUUUGCUGCCAGUUUCCUGCAUGAAUCUGGGUCUCAAGUUCCAUUGCAUUUGACUGCUCUAGCUACCAGUGGUAAGAGUCAUGAUAAAGGUAAACAAUUCUGUGAUGGAGAAGCUGUAUUGAUUGAUAAUGCCAGAGCAUGUGUUAGUGACUCAUCAGUACACUUGAAGGAACAAGACAAAGAAGCUGUUGUUUCAACAAAUGGUAGUGGUGGGACUAGUUGGCAGAGCCUGCUUGGUAGUUUUAGUUACACUGAAAAUGAAAGUGUUGGAGGUCACAGGGAGAGUUUGUCAGCCAUGUUUGAGAUUCCCCUUGAUUUUGUCAUUGACAAAUGCUUGCUGCAGGAAAUUUUGCUCCAGCUUGCUAUUAAGCUGCUUGAAGAGGGUUUUGAUUUGCAAGGACAUUUACUGGCUUUGCGGCGGUAUUACUUCAUGGAAUCAGCAGACUGGGCGGAUUUGUUUAUCAUGUCCCUUUGGCAUCAUAAGUGGUGUGUUGCCGAGGCUGAGCAGAGAGUGACAGAAAUUCAACGGUUCCUUGAGUUUUCAGUUCAGAGGUCAUCAUGUGAACAAGACCCUAAUAAGGAUCGUCUGUUUGUGUACAUAAAAGGGAAUGGCACAAUGCCUAUUUCAACAUCUGCAAUUGGUAAUUUUUUUCGUCACAGUUUAAGUGCUAAGAGACUGACAAGUCAAUUUAAUUAUGAUAUGAUGCACUUGGUUUCUCUAAAACAUGAUUCUGCAAUACAAGAAUGCAAAGUCAAAGACAUCAUGGAUCUGGAACCAGUGCACAUGGCAUAUUUAACUGAUUCACUACACAUAUGUUUUCUCUCUAACGAAACACGGUCUGUAGCCAACAUUAUUGAAAGCAUUUUGCAAUGUGCCUUUGACUUUUGGUCUUGUUUUACUGGCGGCAUGUGGGAUAUGGGACUGGAUCAAGGAGACAUGUUGGGUAAACUUUCUAGAAUCAAUAUAUCCCAGGUGCUUGCCAUAAAGCAAAAAUUUGACAAAAAUUUGAAACAAUUGCAUUUAUGCUAUCUCAAGUCGCCAAAGCACGGAGAGUUUGGGUUAUCCUGUUUCUGGGGAUUUCUCAACUACAACAAAUACUACUCAGAUGUUGUGUGGAUAGAUACCAAUGCGCAAAGAGAGAAUCCAAUCAAGUUCCACAACAGGUUGGUGUCGCCAAAUGCCAGCACAGUUGCUGAGAUCUUCUUAAUGGUAUUACCUAACACUUACUCCUUCGGCCUUUGUCCAUUCGAGGUGGAAGCUUCCUCUUCUUUUAAGGUUGAGAUUGCUGGUUCCUUUAGCCAUUUUUGCGGCAUGUAUUUGUGCAAGGGAAAGGAAUUGUGCGAUAACGAGACUAGAAAAGCUGUAUUUCUGAGGAGGCACAAAAUGGUUCGACACCAAACUAGUGCUGAUCGCUCUGGUGGAGAGCACCACCACAAGGACAAGCAAGCUGAAGGACUUGGUGCUGAUAAUAUUGAAGCGCAGCGUUCCUUAAUCAACAAUGGAGGCAAGAAAGGAUCAAAACUAAAUCCUUUAGGCUUGCACUUUUCUUCAACUAUAGCAAAUGCACUGCAACAUUUAGGGCCAAUUAAUAAGUCCUUUUGGGAGGUUAGCAACAAGGAUGCAACCUCUUACAUUGCAAAAAUAGUCACAGAAAUGGAAGAGAAGCAGAGAGAAAGAGAAAGGAAAAGUCUGGUUUUUGCUGUUAAUGGACAAAGGUUUGAGCUUUCAAGUGUGGACCCUUCAAUGACUUUGCUUGAAUUCUUGCGCACUCAGACCUCUUUCAAGAGUGUCAAGCUUGGUUGUGGUGAAGGUGGUUGUGGUGCUUGUGUUGUUCUACUCUCCAAGUAUGAUCCUGUGAUUGAUCAAGUUGAAGAUCUUACAGUAAGCUCAUGUCUUACACUGCUUUGCAGUGUAAAUGGAUGCACAAUUACAACAAGUGAAGGCCUUGGAAAUAGCAAAGAUGGGUUCCACUCAAUUCACCAAAGGUUCACUGGCUUCCAUGCUUCUCAAUGUGGCUUUUGUACUCCUGGAAUGUGCAUUUCUCUCUUUGGAGCCCUCGUUAAUGCUGAAAAGACAGAUCGCCCAGAACCUUCUCCAGGAUUCUCCAAGUUGACAGCCAUUGAGGCUGAAAAGGCUAUUGCAGGAAAUCUUUGUCGCUGCACUGGGUAUCGAUCCAUUGCAGAUGCAUGCAAAAGUUUUGCAGCUGAUGUUGAUAUGGAGGAUUUGGGAUUUAAUUGUUUCUGGAAGAAGGGAGAAAGUAUGGAUUUAAAGAUAAGUAGGUUACCUUCGUAUAACCAUAAUAAUCAGACUCGUAUUGUCCCUGAAUUUUUGAAAAGUGAAAUCAGAUCUUCCUUUCUUUUGGAUUCUCAAAAGUCCUUUUGGUGCAAUCCUGCCAGUGUUAAGGAGCUUCAGAGCUUAUUAAAAGCUGUUAAAGCCAACAACGGAACCAGGAUCAAACUAGUGGUUGGUAACACAGCUAUGAGUUAUUAUAAGGAUCUAGAACACUACGACAGAUACAUCAAUCUCAGCUAUGUUCCUGAGCUCUCAAUUAUUAGGAAAGAUCACACAGGGAUUGAAAUUGGAGCAACUGUUACUAUUUCUAAAGCUGUUGAAGCUUUGAAGAAAGAGAGUAAUGGUGAAUUUCUAACAGAAAGUGAGAUGGUGUUCAAAAAAAUUGCCAUCCAUAUGGAAAAGAUAGCCACUCAAUUUGUUCGAAAUACAGGUAGCGUGGGGGGAAAUUUGGUGAUGGCCCAGAAGAAACAUUUUCCUUCAGAUAUUGCCACAAUACUUCUUGCAGCUGGUUCAUUUGUGAAUAUAAUAACCAAUACCAUGCAUGAAAAGCUUUCCUUGGAGGAGUUUCUGGAAAGGCCUCCAUUGGAUUCGGAAAGUGUACUUGCAAGUGUUAAAAUCCCAUACUGGGAACCAAUUAAGAACGAAUCUUCUGAAAAGGAUUGUAACUUGCUCUUUGAAACAUAUCGAGCUGCAUCCCGACCUCUUGGGAAUGAUUUGCCCUAUUUAAAUGCUGCUUUUUUGGCUGAAGUUUGUUGCUGGAAAUCUUCUGGGGUAAUUUUUCUGAACAAAUGUGUGUUGGCUUUUGGUGCCUAUGGAACCAAAUAUUCAAUUAGAGCAAGGAAAGUUGAGGAAUUUUUAACAGGGAAAACAUUAACUCUUGAUGUUCUGUAUGACAGUAUCAAAUUAGUUGCAGCCUCUGUGGUACCUGAAGAUGGCACAACAAGUCCUGCAUAUAGGUCAAGCUUGGCUGUUGGUUUUCUAUUUGACUUUCUUGGGCCCUUAGUAGAUAAUGAUACCAAAAUUUCUACCCAUUGGUUGGAUGACUACGGCAGUGCUUCAAUGUUCACUGCUGACCAAAUAAAACAGAAAUACCACCAGCUUGAUCCUGUGCAAGUCCCAACUUUGCUUUCUUCAUCAACACACGUGAUCCCAGAAACCAAGGAGUAUCAUCCUGUUGGUGAGCCUGUGAAAAAAUCCGAAGCUGCCCUUCAAGCUUCUGGUGAGGCUAUUUAUGUGGAUGACAUUCCCUCUCCAAUAAAUUGUCUAUAUGGAGCAUUCGUUUAUAGCACAAAGCCUUUUGCUAAGGUCAAGGGUAUAGAAUUCAAGUCUAAGUCACUACCAGAUGGGGUUGCAACGCUUAUCUCUUUCAAAGAUAUUCCCAAAGGAGGGGAAAACAUAGGUUCUAGAACCAUUUUUGGUGCUGAAACUUUGUUUGCUGAUGAGAUUACUCGGUAUGCUGGAGAGCGUCUUGCUUUAGUGGUUGCAGAUACACAGAAACAUGCAGAUGUGGCAUCAAGCCUAGUCACUGUUGAUUAUGAAAUGGAAAAUCUAGAACCACCCAUUUUGACAGUGGAAGAAGCUGUUAAGAGAUCUAGCUUUUUUGAGGUCCCUCCUUUCUUCUACCCCAAACAUGUUGGCGAUAUAUCAAAAGGAAUGGCGAAAGCUGAUCACAAGAUUCUCUCUGCUAAGAUUAACCUUGGAUCACAAUAUUAUUUCUAUAUGGAGAAUCAAAGUGCUCUUGCUGUGCCUGAUGAAGACAACUGCUUGGUGAUUUACAGUUCGAGUCAAUGCCCUGAGUUUUCACAUGGUACGAUAGCAAGAUGUCUUGGUCUUCCUGAGCAUAAUGUACGUGUAAUUACAAGGAGGGUUGGAGGAGGCUUUGGCGGAAAGGCCAUAAAAUCCAUGCCUGUUGCAACAGCAUGUGCCCUUGCAGCACACAAUUUACGGCGCCCUGUCAGGAUGUAUCUCAAUCGCAAGACUGACAUGAUAAUGGCGGGAGGGAGGCACCCCAUGGAAAUAACUUACAGUGUAGGAUUCAAAUCUAGCGGGAAAAUCACAGGCUUACAGCUUGAUAUUCUAAUUAAUGCUGGGAUAUCUCCAGAUAUAAGUCCAGCGAUGCCACACAACAUGAUGGGUGCCCUUAAAAAGUAUGACUGGGGUGCUUUAUCUUUUGAUAUAAAGAUAUGCAAAACACACCAUUCAAGUAAAUCGGCAAUGCGGGGUCCUGGGGAGACACAAGCAUCAUUUAUUGCAGAAGCUGUAAUAGAACAUGUAGCCUCUACCCUUUCCAUGAAUGUCGAUUCUGUGAGAAGCAUAAAUCUCCACACAUAUGAUAGCCUUAAAAUGUUCUAUGUCGUAUCUUCAGGUGAAGCUCUUGAGUAUUCUUUAACUUCAAUGUGGGAUAAGAUAGCCAUGUCUUCAAACUUGAGUCAAAGGACUGAAGUGAUAAAAGAGUUUAAUAGGUGUAAUGUGUGGCAGAAAAGAGGCAUUUCUCGAGUGCCUGUUGUGCAUGAGGUGCUAGUGAGACCGACUCCUGGGAAAGUAGGCAUUCUAGGUGAUGGGUCUGUUGUUGUUGAAGUUGGCGGAAUAGAGUUGGGCCAGGGGCUCUGGACAAAGGUAAAACAGAUGGCUGCAUUUGCUCUGAGUGCAAUCAAAUGUGAUGGAGGUGGAGAACUAUUGAAGAAAAUACGGGUGAUACAAUCUGAUACAUUGAGUUUAAUUCAAGGAGGGUUUACCUCUGGUAGCACUACAUCUGAAUCAAGCUGUGAAGCAGUUAGACUUUGCUGUAACACCUUGGUUGAGAGACUAACACCUCUAAAAGAAAGUUUGCAGGUGCAGAUGGGUUGUGUAAGAUGGGAGACACUCAUUUCUCAGGCAUAUUUGGAAGCUCUGAACCUGUCAGCCAGUUCUUACUUCGUCCCUGACUUAAAUUCCAUGCAAUACCUAAACUACGGUGCAGCAGUCAGUGAGGUGGAGGUGAAUCUUCUGACUGGUGAAACUACAAUUUUGAGGUCAGAUAUUAUAUAUGACUGCGGUAAAAGUCUGAACCCUGCUGUGGAUUUAGGGCAGAUUGAAGGUGCUUUUGUCCAAGGAAUUGGGUUUCUCAUGCUUGAACAAUACACCACAAACUCAGAUGGAUUGGUGGUCGCCGACAGCACUUGGUCAUAUAAGAUCCCUACGAUAGACACAAUACCGAAACAGUUCAAUGUGGAACUACAUAACAGUGGACAUCACAAAAGUCGUGUUCUCUCUUCAAAAGCUUCUGGUGAGCCACCACUACUCCUAGCAGCCUCAGUUUACUUUGCUGCAAGAGCAGCUAUUAAAGAGGCCCGCGAACAGAUGCGUUCAUGGGGUUGCGUAGAGCAGUCAACAUUCAACUUCCAGGUCCCUGCCAUUAUGCCUACUGUCAAGGAGCUUUGUGGGCUAGACAGUGUGGAGAGGUACUUGGAGUGGAAAAUAGGCAGGAAGUGA